CUUUAGUUGCAUUGCUUUAAUGAGCUAUAAAACUAUUCGUUAUUCUGUUGAGACUUUUAUUGUAGAAAGCGACUAUUUCCGGUACCCGGAAGUUGACUUCUCCGGGCGUGUAGUCAGAACGGACAGUUUUCUGUAGCAGGCAGACGUGCAUGUGAUUCCUGAGAACUUUGUCGAGGUCAGUGUGAGGAGCAGGAGGAUGUCUGGAGGAACCCGACUGGAAAAUGCAAACCCUUUUAUCUUUCAGAGGAGUGGAGAAAGACUCCUGACUGCCAGUGAGGAAGAUGAAGGUGUUCCUGAUCCUAUCGAUGACCGAGAGAUCUUCGAUCACAUUCGGUCCAUCAGUGACCCGGAACACCCUCUGUCUCUGGAGGAGUUAAACGUCGUGGAGGAAGUGCGGGUGAAAGUGAACGACCAGGAGAACAAUGUGUCUGUGGAGUUCACACCAACCAUCCCUCACUGCAGCAUGGCUACUCUUAUAGGCCUGUCUAUCAAAGUCAAGCUCCUGCGUGCACUCCCUGACAGGUUCAAGAUUGACGUCCACAUCACACCAGGAACACACGCGUCAGAAGAUGCAGUUAAUAAGCAGCUCGGUGAUAAGGAGCGAGUGGCUGCUGCUCUGGAGAACGCUCAUCUGCUCGAGGUCGUCAACCAGUGCCUUUCCACGAGACCUGCGUGACCCGAUCGGCGUUUCUUUAUUAUUACGUGGAUGAAACUAUCUGUCCAUAAGCUUGGAGCCUGGUGUGAUUGAAUUCCGGUACACGUAUAUGUUAUUUGCAAUGCGACGUUUCAUGCUGGAGGGGAAUUUAGUAAUAAACCACAAAAUGAAAUAACCAGAUGAUCAUUCAAACUAUUUCAUAAUAAAGGUUUUUUUUUAGUAA